UAGUGCGUGAUGCAGGAACAGUGCCAACAGAGCCCCCAGCCUGGCCCAUUCAGGAUACAGUACAAUUCUGUCCUCUCCCGACAGAGAGAUUUUAUGGAGAGACUGGGAGGAUCUUUCUGUCCAGCCCUGUGUGCUAGAGCAGGUCUCGAAAAACACUCCUCUCUUUGAAUUUCGAGUCAUGUCUUACAACAUCCUUGCUCAGGACCUGGUGGAGCAGGGCCUUGAUCUGUAUCAACACUGUCAUCCAGACAUCCUGAACUGGAACUACCGCCUGCCAAACCUUUUGCAGGAGAUCCAGCAUUGGGAUCCUGAUGUUCUGUGUCUCCAGGAGGUGCAAGAGAACCAUUACUGGGAGCAGCUGGAACCAAUGUUCAAGGAGAUGGGCUUUGCGUGCUUCUAUAAACGGAGAACGGGGACGAAGACAGAUGGCUGUGCCGUGUGCUAUAAGCACAGCAGGUUCCAGCUGAUCAGCCUCAGCCCCAUCGAAUACUUCCGGCCUGGCAUGGAUAUCCUCAAUCGGGAUAACGUGGGCUUGGUGCUGCUGCUACAGCCUCUGCUCCCAGAGGGCCUAGAUCUGAAGGCAAUCAGUCCUUUGUGUGUGGCUAACACUCAUGUGUUAUUCAAUCCCCGGCGGGGAGAUAUCAAACUGGCCCAGAUGGCCUUGCUCCUAGCAGAGAUUGACAAGAUUGCAAAAACUACUGAAGGCAGCUACUAUCCUGUCAUCUUGUGUGGAGACCUGAACUCUGUACCUGAUUCUCCGCUCUACAAAUUCAUCCGUAAUGGUGAACUUUCCUACCAUGGGAUGCCAGCGUGGAAGGUGUCUGGCCAGGAAGACUUUUCCCAACAGUUGUAUGCACGGAAACUGCUGGCCCCACUGUGGCCGAGCUCACUGGGUGUAACGGACAGCUGCCAAUAUGUAACGCUGUGCCAGCCAAAGAAACUAGGCAGACGCAAGUACAGCCGGGACUUCCUGCUCCAGUUUCGUUUUUGCGAUGUUGCCUGUGAACGACCACCACACCUGAUCCUCUUGGAAGGUGUGACAGAUGCUAAACCAGACCGCCCUGCACACUGGCCCAAGCCUGCUGCCUCAGUGAAAGACCUUGAUCCCCAGCCGUUUGUCCCAAGGUCUUCAGGCGUUAUCCAACAUGGCCUCAACCUGACCUCUGUCUACAGCCACUUCCUGCCACAGAGGGGACGCCCAGAGGUCACAACGAUGCCCAUGGGGCUUGGAGCCACUGUUGAUUAUAUCUUCUAUUCGGCAGAGCCUGUGGAGAAUGGGAACAGGGGGGGUCGCAGGCUGUACCAGGAUGGAGCCCUGAAGCUGCUUGGCCGCCUUUCCCUUCUCUCUGAAGAUGUUCUGUUGCUGGCAGAUGGCUUACCAAAUCCCUUUUGUUCAUCUGAUCAUCUCUGCCUGCUGGCUAGCUUUGGCUUGGAGAUCUCCAGCCUCAGAGAGGAUGUUUUAGUGCUGCAGGAACCAAGAUAGCUCCCAUGUUCAUUUGUCCCUGUGUGAAAUCUUCAAGGAGCUGGGAAAGAGAGGGGCAAUGCUGCCUACUUCUGGUUAGUUAAUCGCUACCAAGGAGCAAGGGAUGUACACACCAAUAUUCUUUCACACCAAAACAAUGUUUCUUUUAAUUUCUCCAUGAUAGUUUAUGAAAUAUGGUCCUUCCAGGACUACUUGUCGUGUUGCCUUUGAGACUGUUGGCUCUGCUAACUGCUUGAAAAUGGCUUUUGCUUAAUAAUGUGUAAGGGCUGCCUCGCUGCAGAAGUGUUUGUGUAGUUGAACAGUUUCUACAAGAAGCUGCCUGCUGUGACUAAUGGACCAGGGAAUGGGAUUGCCCAGAAUGGAGCCAGGGGUUCUACAGAGCCACCCACAGGAGCUCUAGAACUGCAGCAAAAGCCUAGAGGCCUCAGGGAAGGCUCCUUUCCUUUCUAGCAGUCUCAGAACAGUGCCUGGUUUGGCACUUGUAGGAAAAAUAUUUACGAUCCUCCCAGUGAAUAUUGGGUGGAAAAAAUCAUCCUGUAAGGCAUGACAACCCCAGGAAGCUAUAGCUCUGGGAGGUCCCAAAAGAGAGACGAAAAUGGAAGGAGUGUGAGAGGCAGCAGAGCCAUCAGAUGGAAGAGCUGAUAACUUGUCACUUGCCCAAUUCUUAUUCCAUUCAGCCUGUUGGAGGUCAGAUGGUAGCCAACCUGUAGCGUCCUCUUGUGUGAAGUUCAUGCUACUGCCUUCUUCUGGAGCAGCCAUGUUUAGGUAGAACCUGUAGGUCUUACUUCUGUCUCUUGACAGGUGUUGGGAGGGAAGGGAAGGCUGCGUAACUUGGAGCCAGAUUGUCGAUCGCUUGGAUCGCAGUGUGCAUUUGGUGUCCUGUCAGCAUCCUUUUUCAGCAGUGGCUUGGCCAGUACAAAAACAAUAGAACUGUACCCGUUCCUAGGGCAGGUUCCCCAGUUUAGCCUGACAUUUGGUGCUCAGUUUUUCCAUGAGAGAUGAGAGCAAUAUUGGCAGAAAUAUUAUCAAUCUUCUGUUCACAAAUGAGGCAGGGAAAUCUGCUCCCACCUCAGGUUUUUGUGGGAAGGUACAGAGAGACUUGAAAUUUUGUUCUCUCUUCCUGGGUUAUAUUGGGAGACUUUUAAAUGUUACUUUCUUUGUUGAAAAAUAAAAUUUUUAUUAUCUAAGAAAGAAACCCAUAAAGUAACUGCAGCACCUUGUGCUCCUGGCAGCUGAACCCUCUGAGGACUUGCUCAACAAGGCUUUGCUGGCUGGGAUGUGAAAGAGGAGAGGAUAAAGUAGCUACACAAGAUAGUAGUGGUGAGGGUUGAAGAGAGGGAAGAAGUGGGCCUAGCUGUUGUUUCCUAGCACAUCCUCAGAUUCCAAAGGUGGUUUAUUUGGCAUCAGGCUGGUCCUGCAAAAUGGCUUGCAUUCAGGAACCCUUCCCCUUCUCGCAAAGAAAGCAAGUACUGCUGAUCUUUUACAGCUUACUUCUGUAAACCGUACAGAAAGAAGGGGGUGUGUGGGGAUUGUGUUGUGUGCCUGUAUGAUUGUGUAAGGACUGCAUAUUCCCUUCUUGCCCCUGUCAGAUGGUGUGGUAUUGCCUGGUGAUGUGUGGAUGGCUUUUGCUACCCCAGUUCCCAGGGACAACACAUAGGAGCCUGUGUAAAUGAACAGCAAUCUGGGGGUGAAUAAGUUUGCAGCUUUUUUUGCCCUUAGAUUUGCAGGUAAUGGUUCUGGCAUGGCACUGAUGUUUGUACAUGGAGAGGGAUGCAGAGCUGUGUAUUUCUAUGGCUCUGUUUAUCUGACAGUUGCACUAAUUUCUGUAAGUACUCUUAUUCUGAUGUUGUAAUUGGUUGUAUUUGAAAAGGGAGUGGAGGAAAGGGAAAUUGGUGAACUGAGAGCUUUAUUUUCUGCCAGGCUUGAAAAGAAGUUGCCAGAAAGCAGCCUGAUUGCAGAUAACUCCCACCAGCUGGUAACACUGUAAUAGGAAACUUGGAAGACACUACAGGUUUAAAAACAACCAACCAAAAGCAAAACAAAAACCACUGUGACGCAUAGUGUUGGCACUUACAACUUUGGCUAUCUGCUUCAGUUGUAAUUGCUGGCUGGGUCUGAUGGGCCGUUGGUGGGGGGGGGAGGGUGUGUGUGUGUGUGUGUUUGUGUGAAAGCAGCCCUGCUGCCCCACCUAUUGAGACCCAUGAGGUGUGCACAGUACACGGUCAGAUGAACUGGUUGCCCCUGCACUGGCCAAAGCACCUUGCCAAUCCUGUGAUGUAACUGAGGCGUAGGCACAGUGCUUCAACAUCACAAGUGCUGCUUCCAUUUUAUUUAAACCAAAGACUUGACUUUUCUUUUGGGUAACUUGCAUGAAGGCAUCUCUCAGGGAGGCUUUAAGGUUCCAGCUAUGUUUUGCUGGAAAACCUAAUGUUCCACAGGUCAAGCUAAUGCUUUCUCUUUCAAUACAUGAAAUAGCAUGGUAUGAACUUGGAAUGGCUAAGUUGUUGAACACUGGAGCUGGAGUCACGUGCUGAGGAACCCCAGGACAAUGCCUGCAAGUCCUCGGAUUCUUCUUUCUGAAGGUUAGAAGCUCCCAGAGGAACCUGCAGCUCCCGAAGCCCUGGCUUACACACACUUCCUUGGGCAUUGAUAGGUGAAACUAUUGCAGAAAUGCUGGACCAUUGUUACUGACUGCAUACAGACACAAAAAGGCAGAGUUGAAGAGUUGAUUACUGUGGUUGUUUUGACCACUGUCCCUGAAGCUCUGGUAUAGAACCCUACAGAGUUGGCCUGUUUCAGGAAAAUAAAAAAAUCUGUGUUCUAGAGCAACUUGAAGUUAACAUCAAAUGGAUCUGGAGACCUGUGAAUGCCUCUGGCAGUGGGGGACUAUAGAAGUUUGGAAGUGGGGUGGGUGGAAAGGGUCCCUACCUCUAAAAUAGCAGCUAGUACAUAGUAGUUGUAGAGAAAAAAUGUGUUCUGUGGUGCUUUAAGAAUGUAACACGUUGAUACAAUAAGAGGUGUGGUAAUGAGCAACACAUGGUGGGAUGCAGAACUUAGAUUCCAGAUGUAGCUCUUAACACUGUUUCCUGACCUAAAUGCAUGAAUAGUUGUCAUUAGUACAGCUUUCUGAUGAAUUACAGAGGGUUCUGUAAAUAGUUAUGAAAGUGGAGCAACAGGAAUACCUGCUAUACUCAGAAAGGGAAGGUAUCAUAGAGGUAGGAUCAUCUACAUCAUCUCAGUAGUCAUGUAGAGCUCAGGGAGACUGGUACUUCAGGGCAGGGUUGCCAGAGACCACUGGCAGUGUGUGUACAUACCCUGUUACCAGUCUCCUAAGCUGCAGGAACAUGCAGCUGUAGAGGCAAACACAUAUUUCAGGAAGUAUCUUUGCUAGACAACAGCUUAGAUUACAGCCUAGCAGCUGUGGUGCAUUUAGUUAUGCUAUUUAGAUAGAAGUUGGACUUCCUUCACUUUCUCAGAGUUUUAAGUUCAUCACUUCAGGAGGAUGCCCUUUAUAAUCAGUUUUCCCAGUUACAUGGGAUGGGAGGAGUGGUAAACAAUAUAAUUGAUCUGGUUUCUUUCCUUUUCUUAGUAAAUUAAACUUGGCUGCUGCUUGAGGUCUUCUUUCUUCAUGCCUUUUCCUUAUGAUGUGUCUCUCCAGCAGCUGUUUUCCCAUGACUGCCAUAUCCAGUUAUCUUUCUGAAUUACUGAUGUUUAUUUUUUCUGCAGCUGUAUUUCUUCAAUUAAAAGCUAUGGGUGGAAUUCUUUAGGGCUAAGUCUUACUACAAAUUCAACAUUUAAGUAGUGUCAAGCCAUAAGGUAGUGGGUUCCCUCACCCCUGAAGAGUUAAGUGGGAGGGGUGGGAGCUCUGAAACCAACACUUAGAUGGGAAUAACUCUUGUUAUAUAUAUAAAAAAAAAAAAAAAAUUUAAGAUGGAUCAUUGGUGCCCUGUAUGACACCUGCUUUGUGAAGUAUAGGAGAGCUCUGAAAUACAUUUUACCUUAGUUCUUCUCUGAGGCAUCUCUUAGAGGCUCUAAGAACAGUUCAGCAUCUCGGAGCAAAUCUCUUUUAAGAGUGGAUCAAGGUAUACGUCCUGCUCCUAAUGAUAUUUGAGAGUGGUGUGGGCAGUCUGCAAAGCAGGGUGUUGCUGCAGUGCAGUUUCUCCUCCCAUUGCCACCACCUCACUAAUGAAC